AUGAAAGAAAUAGAAUACUUAUAGAAUUAAGUCUAUCCUAAAUUACAUACUGCUUUAGUUUAAUUAAUAGAUCAUGUAGUAAAGACAGAGGAAGUGAGAAAACAUUAAGAAAGAUUGAAGAAAAUAAAAAUAUUUGACCGUAUUGAAUAGAAGAAAGUAGAGAAACAAAGAUUGAAAAAUGAAUUAGGAUCUGCCUAUGAAUCUUCAUCUUAGGGUUCUGCAGAGAAUGAUGAAUUUAUAGGUAUGAGUUAAUAACUCAUUAAAAAUGAUGAAUCUAUAUUUCCUAUAAACAACUAAUUAUAAGGUCCUAUUGGAAUCUCAAUAGAUGAUUUAAGUCCAUAAGAUAUAAAAAAAGAAAUAAAUCUUGCAUUAAAUCAAAUUCAAGAAGAUCAAGAUGAUGAGGAAGAAGCCACAGAAAAACAAGAAUUAUAGCAUUUGAAACAGUAAAUGAAGUAACAAAGAGAAGCCUUAGAAUUUAAUCCAUUGAUCUAUUUAGCACAUUUAUUAAGAGAAUUGUAGAAAUGA